AUGGCUGCAGGUCAACAGAAAAAGAGAUUGAAUGGUGCUAAUUCCCUAAGAUUUAGUUUGCACGACAGCAUGAGAAUCAAGAAGCCAAAAAAGCGUGAGUCCUCUGAUAUUCUUUUGAAUAUAACAUCUCACAUAUCUUUGGAGUGGGAUGACAGUCAGGGCAAAGCGUUGGCAAAGAGGGAGCAGGUUGGGAUAACGUGGAGGGAUAUGGCUCCUUUUCUCGAUCAUGUUCCACGUUUCCAGUCACUCCUGGCAGAUGUUGUUUCAGUUCCUCAAGAACUUUUUUCCCCAGAUAAUGUUACGAACGUGCUCUCUUAUGAGGUGAAUGAUGUCAUUCAAUUUGGACAAUCUUUAUAAAAUUUAUUUGAUUGCUCUGUUGAGGCACGUCGUCUGCCAUUUAUGUUGUUGCCAUUCAUUUCCAUGUAUGGUCUGUAACUUGCUUUCUAACCUCUACAGGUCUGGAAAGCUUACCUAUCAGAGCAAGAGAAGAAGCUUCUCGCUCAGUUUCUCCCCAGUGGUGUUGAUUUGGAUGAUGUAGUUCAAUCACUGUUUUCAGGAGAAAACCUUCAUUUUGGGAAUCCUUUCUGCAAUUGGCAAGUUUUAAAAGUUUUUAUUACUAUUUAAAAAUUUACUUUUAAGAAAGGAAUAAGCAAUAUGUUGAUCGCUCUUCCUUCCAAAUUUGCUGCCAUCCACCUCAAAGUGCUUGGUUACCAACUUCAUUAGAUGGGAAGUAAUCUUUUAUCUCUCAUCCAUCUUCCUUCAGUAUGAUACAGAGGGGCAUCGCAUUCUGAGAGUGUUUAUUUUAUCUUCCAACUGCUUAUUGUGGAAGAUUAUUUUAAUUUCUUCUUACUUUUGUUUAGAUAUUUUAUGUAAAAGGGAAGGUAGAGGCCUUGGACAUCACUUUGUCUGAGGUCUGUAAUUGUUUAGGGAAAUUUUCUAGAUGAAUACUUCCAUAUUACAUGGCAGGUGCGUUUUACUCUGAUUUGCUUAGAUCCCUUCCACAAUUUGUUUAGAAGCGGCUUGCAUUUCCUUCAAUAUAGGAUCACGGGGAUAGCAAACGACCUUCUUCAGAGUACAUUAAAGAUUAUGUAACAUAAAAAUCUGAAUCGUUGUAGAUUGUGUUUAAAGUGGAUUCUCCUGACCAGGUUGUUACAUUGGCUUAAUAACACAUACGAUAGUGGCGUACACCUCCUUGUUUCACCUGAUGAUUUGGGUAAUAGUGAUGCAUGGUAAGUAUCAAGCAAUCGUACAUGCUCAUAAGGCUUCAAUGUUUGUCCACGAGUAAAACCAGUCAACCUUUGGUUACAGUAUAAACGAUGAUAAUAUCCGCUGAUUGUUUCUCUGAUUCAAAAAGUGUUUGACUAUCACGCCGCUAUUCCCCCAAUUGAAAAUGUGAGCAAUAAUGCCACCGUCAUUUUCUAGAUUAGUAUCAUAUUCACCAUGCUAGUAACAUUGAUGUUUCUGGCUUAAUAGCUAAAUGUGAUGACGUAUGGAUGAUCAGCGUCUAUUCAAGUGCCAAUUACAGCAUCCUUCUCCAUUUCGUGCUCCAGAGAAGGAAUCAGAAUUUAUCUAACUCACUAAUUAAUAUUAUUUGUCUUCUUCAAGUUGGGUCAAACUGUAGUUAAGUUGGGUGGCUUGUGAACUUAACUUAUUGUUAUACAUUGAAUAUAGAGAAUAUUAGAAGGUAUAUGAUAAAUUAAGGCAUCUCUUCGAAUACGAAUGAUGAAUGUAUCUAGUGGAACAUAAGCAUCAAAACCAUCGAGAGAUCGGUUAAUUAAGUUUGGGCUUUCUAAUGAAUUUGAAUUUGGUUCUUCUAAUAUUUCAAUUGAACCAAGGUGAAUAUUUGCACAAUCAAUGGGUGUACAGAGUUAUGAAUAUUUAUUCAAUGACCUGAAAUUCACAAGUGAAAUAGGAAAGCUGAGUGAGAGGAUUGUCUCAGGAUGGCUUGGAUUAUGAUGACAAUCAUAUUUUAUUUCAUCUCUAUUCUAUUUAAGCACCUAGGCUAGAGAAACUGCUACUGUUAUGUUCUUAUUAUAUCCUAUUCGAGUAUGUUUGUGCAGACAAUAGUUUUUCAUGAAUUCAUAUUCAAAUUGUCGUUGUAGGUGCCGGUUCUCUUCUCAAACGUUUGAUUCUUCUUUUGUUUUUUCACCGAACAUGCAGCAUGUGCCUACAUUUCAUAAGGGAUAGUGUUAUCUAUUACUUGAUUUCAUUUUUUUUUCAAUCUUCAGCUCUCUGUCGUUGCUUUUCUCUUCUCCUCUUACUGUUUCUGACUUUUUCUUGUGAGUUUUACAUCUUUAAUACUUAACCGGAUUAUUCACUCGAAUUAAUGUUCUUUCAGCCGCCAAUCUUUCUUUUUUCCUCCCUGCUGUAAGACUUGUCCUUUUUGGAUGGAAGGCAGAGCCGUUCACAUUUCUGACAGAACCAUAAAAGCAUCUGUAGAGGCCACCAUUGUUCUAUGUUCUACUUUCAGUGUCGGUCUUCUACAACUGGAAGUUUUUAGGGAUUAAUGCAUUGUACUGCGCUUUCGUAUAUUCUGGAUCCCUUGGUUAUUACUUUUACAAUCUUUUUGGACUUUACACUGAAGGAGAAUGUCCCUUUUUAUCAGUAUUUUUAUUCCCUAGGUUCUUUCUCAUUACCACCUUGGAACUUCAACUCGCCGUCGUUUUUUCCCUUGCAGAAACUAUGGAUUUGAAUUACUAUUAGUAUUUCAUAGAUGGAACAGUUUUAUUUAGUUGUGGAUCCGUUCUUAUUACGAUUAAUCAACAAGUAUGCCUUGUACAAGAUAAUAUUACUUACCCUGUGAUACAUGAUUAGGGUUGCUUCACUUUGUGCCGGCAAUCUUCAUCCAGAUACCGUUCUACAUAAGGAGUAUCAGCUUAGAGCCUGCAGGAAGGCUUAUUUUGUGGAGUUAAAAAAGUACCAUUCUGGGUAUGGGCCUUCUCUCAAAGAUAUCGUGUUGGGGCCAAUUUUAUUGUGAGUAUAGACUCUUUAAUAUUUUCUUUCAUUUGCAUAUUUACAAAUUCUGAUGGCAGGUUCAUUGAGGGCCUCUCAAUGUUGAAAGAGAGAUGGGCAAAUUGCGGGAAUCCAGACAAGGAUACUGAAAACAAUAUACUGAGGUUGGUGCCAUGUUUAUGCUAUAUACCGAUUGAAGCAAUCUCUAUGGCGUCAAGAGCGCUCUAUGAUUUCGUUGCAGUUUUUUUUUCCAAAUGUGCUACUGAGAAGAUUAAUCGAGGUUCAUCUCUGUGAGCAUAUUAUAUGUGGGACAAGAUUCCGUCUUUUUCAAUUUUCUUACAUAGCUUAUCCUCUACUGUUGCAACUUCUACUCUGGAUGUAUUGUGAUCAAGAUUGUAGUAUUUUCGUUAUUCAAGAAUCAGCUUGUUAUCAUUGUUAGAAUUCUGUGUUACAUCACCUCUCUUGAAGCAUUCAAGCCAUUUUUUCUGGUCUUCAGCAUCUGUACGUGUCCCCACGCUGGGACCUGGUUUUCACUAGACAUUACGUCCUAAUUUUCUGAAGCUGAAAUUAACGUCUAAAAGUGUAAGUUUAAUUUUUGCAGGAGCAGUGUCGAAAACCCCACGCCGCCAGUUGCCAUAGAAAAGGAGCUGCAAGAAAUCGACUUAGAAAAUGGCGGCAGUAAAUAUAUGUCUUACAUCAAGGUUAGGUUCACUGUCUCACAUGCGUUAAGCCCUCAUGUGGCAUUUAGAGAAUGUCAACUUCGGUCCAGUGUUUUUUCGCAUCAUAUCAGUGUUUUAGGUUUGUUAUUUAAGGAUUAGCAUUCUGUUGCUUGUGGUGGUCUAUGAUGCCACGGCAACAUUGAAAUACAUCUAAAACGGUUUCUUCCAAUAUGCAUAUGCUGUGGUAUCCGUGGGUAGUGUUCAAUGAGAGAUGAGAAAGUCGCCUUGACACCAUCCAUUCCUUGAACACUAUUCUUGAAUCAUGUUAACCUUUAAAGGGCAUGCAGUUCUGAGAGAUGUGUUUCAUUAUAAUUGACUUGUGCUACCAAACACCUACCAGAAGAAUAGAUCGAUGGGUUGGAUCUUUUUGAUGGCCAGUAGAUGUCCCUUGAUAAUCAAUCGUUAAACACAGAAGCUCAUUCUAUAAGUUUUUUUUUGAUCUUGUGAUGCUGUUCUAGUUGCCAUUGGACUAAAUUAUCUGAAGAUAGAGGAUCUGGCACAUAUUCUUUUUGUAUAUCUCUUUGAUACCACCAUCAAAAUUGAUGUGCUUGUUUCUUUUUGUAUUCCAGAUAAACAAGAAGCAAUAUCAACUGGUUAUGAAUAUUAGGAAUUCUGAUAAUGGAAUUGAUUCCGAGUGUCUUAGCGAAAUAUUGGGUGACAUCAAUGGCUUUGACGUCAAACCUUAUGCAGCACUUGAGGAAGAAGAAAGAAAGAGGCUGCAAGACCAUUGGUAAGUACCUUGGAAGCAAUUUAUUAUCAGGCGAUAUUUUGAACCUCGAUAAAUUGAACUACACAUCCAGGGUGAAACUGGCAAACGAAGAUCUUCCUGCUGCAUUUGAGAACCGUGGACGACACAGGGCGCUGAUAAAUAACUUGAAAAAAUUAAUGCAUCGUGAACUUACGAUGAAGGAGCCAGUGGCCAGGAGGAUAGAGGAUGAACGGAUAAAAAGGAAGGCACUAAUGGCUGAGAAGGUUUGCCUCUACCGCCCUUUUGGUUCUAGAAUAAUCAUUAUCUACUGUACAUUUGAUCAAUUAUUUAUGGAUAUUAGCUCGAGAUUCAAAUCCAGCUCCAUUGCACACUUAUGGUAAAUUAUAUUAUUGGUACGCCUGGAGUGGUUUAGCUGAAUAAGUCAGGUAAAUACAUUUUCGAACAGCAAUGGGUAAUCGUAGUUUCUUUUUCAGGAAGAGAAGGAGAGGCUGAAGUGGACGACCCCUCUAGAACAGGCAGAUGACAUAGCCUCAGAGCAAGAGUUUGUCCACGAAACGCAGGAUGAAGGACAUAUUCAGCAAGUCUAUCAUCACUUCACUGACUGUCAGCAUUUGGAUAGGAUCUCUUUACUCAACACUUCUAAUGAGCUUGACCUUGAGAGCAUUGUGGAACAUAGUACUUCUCCAUCAACCGUUGGCCAUCACCAGGAGAGAAACCCCUCUCUUGACCACCACAUGGAACUCUCGGUGGAUUUUCCUCAAGGAGUUCAAGAUGGAAUAAGACCGGGUGGUCCGGUUGCCUGGCAGUUCCUCGGAAGUAUGACUGCUUCUGGUGAUGCCGUAGAGGCAAAAUUAAAACACUCCACCUCAUUCCCCACUGGGCAUUCUUACGGUCACCCCACCAUGGAGCGCCAGAGAGACACGCCUACAGGUGAUCUACCACUUCACAGGCCACAACUCAUGGAGGAAAGAACAUCACCGUCACUUGAUUUGGAAACCCAGAUACUUCGUCAAGAGGAGGCACAGUCGGUUGCUUUGCAUGAUAACAACAGAGAAACUAUGUUCGGUCGAUAUGCAGACCAAGAUCGCUGCCCACUGCAAGCGGCUUUUCAAAAGGAGCAUGUAAGCUUACGAUCAGAUGUCCCGGAACAUCUGAAUAGGCUGGAACCAUCAGAACUACGCCUCUCUCUAGCAAAUGUUGCCCAGUUUCCUUCCCAGUUUGAAGAGCAACAGCUGAUGCUUCUUGAUCUGGAGCAACCUGGGGAGAAAGAUCCUUACAUGCCCCAAAUACUGAAUAGGGAUGCGGUUUCUAGAGGCGGGUAUCUAAGUCAAGGCCAUUUCCCCUCAGUCAGUUCUCAGGAAUCCACUGGUCUCCAAUCUGCCGUAAUUGGUGGCUUCUCAGGCCAACGUUGGCUACCCCUGGAACACCGCAGCUGUGCUGGUUUAUCUACUGCCAAGCCCGCAGGAAGAGCAGGUCAGUGUAUGGGUGGUGGAAGCAGUGCUGAUGGGAGCCUCUUCUGUGUGUUGUCCGAAUGUAACAAGCUGCUCUCAGGUUUUCCACAGGCCACUACAGAUUCUGAUCACUUUCCACAAGGGUCAAACAUUGUUGGCGGGGGUGGCCUACAUCAGGAGGGAAUCUACUCGAGCCCACCUCUUCUCGACAGCACUGGUGGUAGAAAUGGGGCUGCAGUAUGGACUAACUACCCUAAUCAAAGAUCUGAGUUGUCUGAAUCCGUUAGGAAAUCGUAUCUUCCUUCUUGGCACUAG